ACGCCUUCAACUUUUUAGGCAGUGACAAGGAAUUGAGAGAGAAGCGUAGCUCUGCAGCGGUCUGCAGUUUAGCAAUAACAAUACAAUGGCCGUUUAAAUUGUGUUAGGACUUUGCAAAAGCUCUUAAACCCUUUCCCUCUCUUGGACAGCCAUGGCCACCGACCAAAACAUGAGCAGCUGGACCGAUCUGCUCCACUCCUCCACCAAGCUUCUCGAACAAGCCGCUCCUUCCGCGCAGUUCCCUCCUCUACAGAGAAAUUUGGAUCAGUUAGAAACAUUAUCGAAGAAACUCAAGGCGAAAACUCUACGAACUGAGACUCCUCAACAAUCCAUUGCUGCCACGAGGCUUCUUGCACGUGAGGGACUAAAUGCGGAGCAGCUUGCACGUGACCUUAAGUCCUUUGAAUUGAAGACAACAUUUGAGGAUGUUUUUCCGUCUGAAGCAACAACUGUCGAAGAGUAUCUGCAGCAGCAUUUUUAUCCUUGCUUGCGUCUCACGGAUGAUUACAUGUUAAAAGUUUUGGAGGAGGAUUGGCAGAAAGAAAAACGUGAUUUCCUUCAAAGUCUAAGUCAGAUUUCAACAUUACCCAGGACUAACAUGACUUAUACUAGCAGCGCUGGUAGUCGUUCUGGUCAAAUAGCGUCCAUAACUUCUAGCCCUCAAGUUUCAUCUACUCCAUCUAGUAUGGAGCUUGUACCUUUAGCUAGCAAGCCCAUCCUUGAGAAGAAAACAUCUGUCUAUGCAGAAGUUGUUAAAAAUCUGAAUAAUGCAAGGCAGCGUGGAUUACCGUUUAAACCUGCUUCAGCUUUCAAGGGUGCUUAUGAGAGUUUAGGCCUUGAUGCAUCUGGUGGAAAAUCAGUUAACAUGCAGAAGAUAUGGCACCUUCUUCAGACAUUAAUGGGCGAAGAUAUAACCAUACAACGGGGUGCUUCGAAACGGAUGUCAUUAGUUAUUGGGGCAAGGCGCCACCUGGAAUGGGGGCAUGAAAAGUACAUCAUGGAUACAAUCCAAAGUCAUCCUGCACAGGCAGCCCUUGGAGGAGUUGUUGGAAAUUUACAAAGAAUUCGUGCCUUUCUUCGGAUUCGUUUAAGAGAUUAUGGAGUUCUAGAUUUUGAUGCAGGCGAUGCUCGUAGGCAGCCUCCUGUUGAUACCACUUGGCAGCAGAUCUACUUUUGCUUGAGAACUGGGUAUUAUGAUGAAGCAAGAGCUGUUGCUUUGUCAUCUCGCGUGUCAAACCAGUUUGCUCCUCUGCUUACUGAGUGGAUUAAUACUGGAGGUAUGGUGCCUGCGGAGAUUGCAGCUGCUGCAUCAGAAGAAUGUGAAAAAAUGUUAAGAACAGGUGAUCGUGUGGGCCGAGCUGCAUAUGACAAGAAAAAGUUGUUACUAUAUGCUCUCAUAUCUGGUUCUCGUAGGCAAAUCGACCGCCUACUAAGAGAUCUACCUACUCUUUUUAACACCAUAGAGGAUUUCUUGUGGUUCAAAUUGUCAGCUGUAAGAGACUGCCCUGGUGGAGCUGCACCCAUUGUCAUGAAUGAGAGCUUGGUACCAUACACAUUGGAUGAUUUGCAGAUUUACUUGAAUAAAUUUGACCCCUCAUACUAUACAAAAAAUGGAAAGGACCCUCUGGUGUACCCAUAUGUUUUGCUUUUAAGCAUCCAGUUGAUACCAGGUGUGGUAUACUUGUCCAAGGAAACUGGAGAUGAAGGAUAUAACAUUGACGCUGCCCACAUAUCAAUUGUGCUAGCAGACCAUGGGGUCCUUUCUGAAGGAGCUGGGGCUGGACAGAAAAUGGGCGUGAUGGAUGCUUACGCAGAGGCAUCUAGUAUAAUCAGGCAGUAUGGGUCUGUGUAUUUACGUCUUGGUAAUCUUCAGGUGGCAUUAGAAUAUUAUGCACAAGCUGCUGCUGCAGUUGGUGGUGGGCAGUUGUCAUGGUCUGGAAGAGGUAAUGUGGAUCAGCAAAGGCAGAGAAAUUUGAUGCUGAAGCAGCUCCUUACAGAACUGUUGUUACGGGAUGGGGGCAUCUAUCUUUUACUUGGUUCAAGAGGUGCCGGAGAAGAAGGUGAAUUGGGGCGAUUUUUGACUGAUGCAAAAGAAAGACAACAAUUUCUGCUUGAAGCUGCUCACCAAUGUCAGGAAGCUGGAUUGUAUGAAAAGUCUAUAGAAAUUCAGAAACGAAUAGGGGCAUUCUCGAUGGCAUUGGAUACGAUUAACAAGUGCCUUUCUGAAGCUAUUUGUGCCCUCUCACGUGGUAGAUUGGAUGGUGAGAGUCGAACUGCUGGUCUCAUUCACUCUGGAAAUGAGAUCUUGGAGAUGCACAAAUAUUAUCCUGAAAUCAGUCCUCAAGAGAGGGAAAGUGUUUCAGAGCAGCAUAUUGUGUUAAGACAACUUGAGGCCGUACUGUCAAUCCAUAAAUUGGCAAGAGGAGGCCAUUAUGCUGAUGCUUUGAGGGAGGUUGCCAGACUUCCAUUUCUUCCAUUAGAUCCCCGGACACCAGAUGCUACCACUGAUGUGUUCCAGAAUUUAUCUCCUCAUGUCCAAGCCUGUGUUCCGGACCUCCUGAAGGUUGCACUCACUUGUCUGGACAACAUGGUGGAUUCUGAUGGAUCGCUUCGCGCCUUGAGGGCUAAGAUUGCUAGCUUCAUUGCAAAUAAUUCCAGUAGGAAUUGGCCUCGCGAUUUGUAUGAGAAAGUUGCCCGGAGCUUUUAAAGCGGACGAACUACAGUAGGCCAAGAUGCCUGUAUGGUUUGGUUGAUAUUACCAUGCAUGUAACCAAUUGUAAAAUACAAUUUAAAGUAGCGGUAGUACUUCGAUGACACAGUUGUUAAUUUGAUAUUAGCAAUUUCCUGGUUUUGAAUUCAACUAGGCAAGCUGAAGUGAGUUGUGGUCGGAUUUCUCCGGCGACAUAUGAGCAUCAAAAUCACGCGCAUUACAUAUUUACCGCAAUGUUUGUGUGUGAUUUUAAAUAUUUUAUAUGAGAAAGGUAAGUUAUUCUGAA